AACAGCUGGUCGCAAUAAACUAUCGACCAAUCGGCCUUUCUAUUGCGAUUAUGAAAACACCGUGAAGCACGCGAGAAAAUGCUGCGAAAGUCGUUUAAUUUGUCGCGCUUUGGUCAACUGUGUGGCCUGCGUCGGCUCCAGAACACACAAGCUGCGCCCGCGGUGACACCCGAAUCAGAGGCAGAGGAUAUUUCGGUGAUUGAGCAGCGUAUUUUAAAGCACCCGGACUACUUUCAGGUGCACAACCUGUUUACGGUGCGUGAUCUCUUCAAUGCCCGCGUCCACUAUGGUCACAAGGAAGGCUCGCUAGACGAUCGCAUGAGGCCCUAUAUAUACGGGAACCGACUAGGACAUCUUAUUUUCGACUUGGACAAGACCGCCUCACAUUUGCGUGAUGCUCUUAACAUUGUUGCCCACAUUGCCUUUCGUGAUGGCAUUAUAUUGUUCUUCAAUCGCAAUGCCUUGAACGCACAUAUGGUGGAGCAAAAGGCGCGGGAGGCUGGAGAAUUCUCACAUACACGCUUCUGGCGCGGCGGCAUCUUCACUAAUGCAAAUGUACAAUUCGGAGCUGUAACUCGUCUUCCGGAUCUCUGCAUCUUUUUAAACACCCAAAAUAAUGUCCUGACACAACACACGGCAGUUCGCGAUGCAGCUAAGAUGGCAAUACCCACAGUUGGCAUUGUGGACAGCAACUGUAAUCCUAACCUAAUCACUUAUCCAGUGCCCGGCAACGAUGAUUCACCCGCUGCUGUCGAACUGUACUGCAAUCUGUUCAAGGAGGCCAUUUUGCGUGGCAAAUGCAAGCGACGAGAACUGCUCGGACUGCCACGCCUAGAUGAGGAAGCACUAAAAAGCAAGGUGCAUGGCAAGCGGACGAAGUAGUAUAAGAGUGUCCUGUAUUCGAUUACGAAUGCUUAAUGUGUUUUGUUUUAUUUUUCAAAUACGAUAUCAUGAUAUCUCUUAAAA